AGGCCUCGACGCACAACAAUAACAAAAGGAGCAGUCGGGGAGAAAGAAGAAACAACAGCCGAUGUUAAUGUCCUAACGUUACCCUUUUUGUACUUUAUUUCUUCUGCGAAGAAAACGUCGAGUUUUUCAUUUUUUGAAAAAGACAUACAUCUACCUCGCGUUCGAGGUAUUUUUUGUUUUUGUUUGUUUUUUUACGUCGUCGGCUGAGCUGCAGGUCUCCUGGUCGUUCUCUCUCCCCGAAUUCGCGCCGCAGUCUAACCAUGUGCAGCCCCCUGACUCUCCGAUGAGCCGCGACCACACGCCCUUGAUGCACUUUAGCGCCCCGCCAGAACGCCUGCCCGCCCGCAGCUGAUGACCGAAGUGCCUCGCCACCCCUCCACGAGUCACGCCCGUGCCCCAGCAGGAUGUUCCAGAGGUUCGCCAACGCCCUGUUCGGUGACGACGCCUCCGCGACACCGGAGCCGAGCCGACGCCACCGCCACGACGGGGAGGAAGAUGAGGAAGACUGGAUCCUAGUCAAUUUCUUGGCUGACAGCUGCUCCGGUCAGCGCGUCGACGGCCUCUCCGGCUCCGUCGUCGGCCGGGGGGCCGACGAGGACGAGGAAGACGAUGAGGACCUGGUGAUGAUCCCGUCCCCCAUGGCCAGCCCCCCAGUCCGCUACGCUUCCUGCACUUCCCUCAACUCCACGGCCGACACAGACCCGGAUGGGUGCGCCGAAGACGACGAGGGGGAGGAAGAGGAGGCGGGCGACUUCCUGCAUCUGGACGCCUCAUCUCUGGAGGAGAGCUGGUUCGUCACCCCACCGCCGUGUUUCACCGGCCGCGGGGUCCAAUCCGUCCUGGUGGAGACCAGUCCUCUGGAGAACCUGCUGAUAGAACAUCCCAGCAUGUCGGUCUACGCCCACCACAGCCCCCCCAGGCUCAACCCUAACCCCUUGCAGCGCUCCCUGGACCUGGAACUGGCCGCUGCCCCCAAGGAGAAAGGCAGGCGCUCUCUAGACGGCGUACGUCACAGGCCAGACGUGUCGUCAGUGCAGCGCCGCGCGGGCCUUCACCAGUCGGCGUGCUACGCGGCGGCGCUGUCUGCCCGCGCCGGCCUCCUGCCUCAGCGCCCGGGCCUCGCCGGCCAGCCGCUGUUAUCGCGCAACGCGCUGCGCCGCCUCAACCUGCUGCACCCGCCCAAGUCGGGCGCUACACACCUGCACCAGCCCAGCCAGCGCCACCUUAACUUCUGAGGGCCCCGCCAUCGCCUUGGCGUCACACAGCAAGAACCAGCAGCACGCCCCCGGCCGCCAUUUCAACACCCAAAACGUCUGAUUGGGUAAAUAAGCAACGUAGGAGGCCAUUUUGUGUGUCCUCUCCUUCAUUGACUCUUCUUCCUAACAUGUCGACUCAGCGCUGUAGGUCACUUUACUCAGAGACAGGCUCACUUUGCCCCGGCGCGCCGUGAGGACAUCAUCACUCGGCAACCAAUUAGAUGACUUGAAAACCCCUCGUCACAUUUGAGCAACCGGGAGGCGGUGUUCGAGUUACUGUAUGUUUGGGGGGGGUCUUUUAAUCACUGUCAAUAUAGCAUUUUGACUUUUUCCAUUUAAUUCUCUCAUGUAAAAUGUACUACUGUUCCCCAUGCCAUUCGCAAAUUCACCUUAUUUUCAGUUUUCAUGCUCAAGCCAAAGCCCUGUCUAAUAUAAAAGUAUUGCUUGGGCACCAUCUUGUGGCAUCUUGGUGCCAAUGAACUGUGUUACAGCAAGUUAAGUUUCAUGCUGUGCUUUAGCACCAUCUUGUGGCAUUUUAGGGCCAGGGAACUAUGUUGAGUGAGUUUCGGAGCUUCAUGUAAUGCGCUGUAUUCCCAGUAUUGAAACUUCCAAAGUUGUUAACCUGCUGCGAUUAGCAAAAUUCUGCAAUAGACGCCCCCACCUAAAAAUUGCUAAUUGCUUAUAGAGGCUAUAAGAUGGUGGCAGAGCAUUACUUUUCUAUUAGACAUUGCUUUGGCCUAAACACAAAAAUUCAAUAGGUGUAAAUUGGGUCACCUGAAAAACAUAGUUGCCGGAACACUGCAUUUCUGCUAAUGAAAGUUGUUAGGAUGUAGCUAAAAAAAAAAAAAAAGAAGCAUUUUUUUUUCAAAUUUGUGAUUUGGGCUAAUGAGACUCUUUAAGAAGUUAGUGCGGCUAAAAAGAAAACUGGACAGAGCCACUGCCAUCCUGAAAAAUGGCAAACUUGUCCACCUGUCCCUCUCAGACAGCCACUGCGGCUUUACGCAUUCCGAUGAUUAGAUAUGUGGCGACGUCAGCGUGACAGAAACCGUUGCUUUCCACACAAAUGGGGCAUGGCCAGCGAGUCUCUCACACAGGUUAAAAAAAAAAGAUGGCCAGCGCACUUUGCUGUACUUCAUCUGCCGUAAGAUUACAGUUGUAACCUUUUAAAUGCUUUCGUGUUAUGUGGGGUCUUUUAGUUUUAUUUUUUUAUGUUUUGCGUACAAGGCUUUAAUUCUAACUCGAACCCUGCUUGAAGGUGUUACGUAUCCUCACAACCUUAACUCAAAUCAGUGUCAAUAAAUAACUGAUUGUUCUUAUUGUAAAGGAAUAUUCACUCCAGCGGAUCGAGAGGGGAUCAUUUGAGGUGUAAAAAAUGUGGUCCUGCCUCUGAUAUUUUGUCAUUUUCACAUUUUCUUCAACAUAAAAAGUGGAGGUAAAAAAAAAUAAAUGGGUUAGAUGUCACUAAACAUGCCUUGUUUAACAGUAGCUUUACGAUGAAUAGAAAUGUAAGAGAAAAAAAAUGUAUUUAAAAAAAAAAAAAGUCCAAAAUAUUUUUUUGAAAAGUGAAAAACAGAUUACAUAUCAGUAUGAUGACAUUAGUGCGUGUGUUUGCAUCAGUCGUGGUGGUAGAUUUGUUAGUCGGGCAGCGGGGAGAAUUAAAAAGAAAAAGAAAAGAAAAUGGAAAGAAACAUUUUAUUUUUCUGAUGUUUUUUUGUUCUGAAAUGAAUCUGCAGUCCCACUUCUCAGGGUCACAACCAAUCACUUUUUACACGGAAAAUGCAGAUUUACUUUAUGGCUGAUGAAUUCUUUUUUAAUUAUUAUUAUUUUUUUGUGAUACAUUUUGUGUUGGUCCCUGGACUGUUGAUUAAGACUAGUUUUCUUAUCGUUAUAUUAUCAUAGUUAGGCUCUUGGUAUAACUAAACCAAAAAAAAAGGUAGCGGUGGUCUUUAAUCUUUUAGUAUGAUAUUAAGCUGAUGUUUGUAAAAGUUUUGUUGUUGGGCUUGGCGCUCUUAACAAGAUGAUGAAAAAUCGACAUUUUGAGUAAUGGUCAAAAUUGCCCGGUUUGUUCAUGGAGUAAACUGUGUGUCAAUUAUUUUAUUUUAUUAUGAUUUUUUUUUUAAACUUGUAAUUUUAGACGAUAUCAUGGAUUUGGGCAGAAAUUGACUUCCUUACCAUAUGGAGUGUAUACUAACUAUAUCCUGCCUGUAUGUACUCAUGUUGUAUUUAUGAUUAUUUCCCUAAAAUUAACAGUUAAGGGCACAUUGGUUGACAAAGAAAUAACAAAUCAGGACUUCUGUGUCAUUUUAAAGCGCCGACAAAGGAAUCCCGAUGAACUUUCUCUGGUGCAUUUGGAAGUUUUUCAUCAUUUCUUGAAUGUCUUGCUAAUGCUCAGCAAUCUUUUUUGUUUGUUUGUUUUGUCAUUUCUGUGACAGAAGGGAUUGCAGGUUAUUGUUUCGAUCAUUCUGUCGUCAUGUAAACUAACAGGGAUUUGUUGUAUUUCUUCUUUUUUUUUUUUUUUUUUAAAUGUUCAAUGCCUUGAAAAAUUGUGCAUCAUCACGUGCCUUCCGGGUUGAGAUGUUCUUAGGACAAUGCAUCGAUGAAGAACUUGGACUUUUUUUUCCUGUCUUUGUUUUGGAACAUUCUACAAGAAAACAAAUGACCCGAACGGAUGUCAACUAUGCACCACACUCUUUUUCGCCCUUUUUCUAAAGACUCAAAAGCAAGCAGACAGAAUCAUGUAGCAAAACCUCCAGUUGUUUGUUUUAUUCAUAAGUGUGAAAAAUAAUAUGUGGCAUUUUUACUUGUAUUUUUUUUUUUCCACCGAGUGUUACACGUUUUUGUUUUCUUGUGUAGUUUACUGGAAUAAUACCGCACUUUGCCAAAAGAAAAAAAAACAUGAAACAUAAAAAUGGUGUAAGAUUUGUAGGGUUAAGUUUUUUUUUUUUUUAAUCUACAUAUCUCUUAUGUAUUUUGUAUAUGUACGACUGUUCAAUUCACUUUGCUUGGAAAUCUGUUGUGUGGGGGGGGUCGUUCGUCUUUUUUCAAACUGUAGUAGUUCAUACGUGUGAUCUCUUACUAGUCGCAAAAUAAAUGUUUUC